AACACAAGAUAAGGUCAUCCGCCCCACUUGGCCAGUCCACUCGCUACCGGCUGCUCGUCCUCUCGUGGUCUUCGUCGCCGGCGACGGUGCGAGGCCGUGAAGCCAUGGCCGCCGUCACCGUCCACUAUGCCAGCAGGGCAUAUGUUCUGAUGAGCUUUGAGUGUGGUGCUAGCAGUUCUUCAAGAAAAACAUUAUCUCGUCACAAGUGUUGUGCAUUGGUGGAGCCAACUUUAUCACAAAAUGAACUUCAGAAAUCAAGUCAAUUGAUUCAAUAUCGGGAGUUCAUAUUGCCCAAGUCAUCUCUGAAAGAACUAGCUUGCGAAGAAUUGGCCAGUGGAAUGGAUGACCCAUGGUCCAUAAAUAAUACUUCUUACCCGGCCUCAGUUUCAAGGGCACAUUAUUCCGUGAACAAGAGAAAUGUGGAGCAGCAUGUGCAAGAUCAUCAACUUCACCAUCCACAAGGUGGCACUUACUUCACUGGUUUGUCGAAGAAGGAAAUCGAGAGAAGACGGAAGAUUGGCGCUGCAAACAAGGGGCAGGUUCCCUGGACAAAAGGCAAGAAAUGGAGUGAAGAGCACAAGAAACUCAUCAGUCAAAGGACUACUCAAGCUCUGAGAGAUCCCAAGGUUAGGAAGAAAAUGGGUCACCGUCAACAACAUAGACAAGCGAGCAAAGACAAAAUAAGUGCUGCAUUGAGGAAGAUCUGGGAGAGACGAAUACUUUCUGUCAGAUCAAGGCAGAAGGUUAUGCAAAUAUGGUCAGAUAGUAUAGCAGAAGCAGCAAAGAGAGGUGACUACAGCCAAGAUAAGCUUGAUUGGGACAGCUAUGAAAGGAUUAAAUCCGAGAUGAUAUCUAUGUUCCUGUGGAGCAAAGAGAGGGAACAGACAAUCAAAAAGCUUAAAAAGGCAGUGGUGAAAAUAGCUGCUAAGAAGCUUCAAGCAGCAGGGAGAAGGAAAGUACAGGCUGCAGGGACAAAGAAGUUGAACCCUGAGAAGAUGUUGCUACAAAAACCGGAUGCUCAACUUACACGAGUGGUAGUAUCUGCAAGACCAAAGCUUAAGGAGAGACUAACCAAGUGGCACGGUCGAAAAAAAGAGCUUGAAACUGUGAUAAGUUCACGGGCAAGGAAAAGAGGAUCGCGAAAUCUAUCACGAAGGCAAAUGACAGCAGAAAGGCGUGCAGAAGUGGACUUGGUCGAGCUUGACGCUCCUUCAGGCCCGGGUGCAGGAGCGUCCGUUAUCUAGGAAGGAUGGGUGUCCAACUGUCCAUGCGCUGGCACAUGACUCGAGCUUCCGAGGAACCAGGAGCUUGCAGUCACCUUAUAGAGAAGCUCAUGACCACAUUAGGCAUGGUGUUUUUGUGUCCAUUAGAAACGAAGGAAGGUUUGAGUGGAACCUGUGUGUAGCAUGUACUCUAUUUGCAAGCAAAACGAGGAUGAACUGGCUGAGAAAAUUGUGACUAAUGAGUUGUGAGGAUAUCUGACUGUAUGUGAUCACUUCUUCGUUGAUCUGAGCAAA